AUGACGUUCCCUGAGAAUCAGGAAGCCCCAAGCACGGAGGCCCAACUCCACAGAAAUCAGAAGAGCCGCAACGUAAAGAAAUUCCACGUAUGUAGUGACUGUGGGAAAAUCUUCACCCAGAAGUCCUCUCUCACAUACCAUCAGCGAACUCAUACUGGGGAGAACCCCUACGUGUGCAGGGAGUGUGGGAAAGGCUUCAUCAGGAAGGGUCAGCUCUCUGUCCAUCAGCGAUCUCACACUGGGGAGAAACCCUACAAGUGUUGUGAAUGUGGUAAGGGCUUCAUGCAGAAGACAGUGCUUAUUACCCACCAGUGGCUACAUACUGGAGACAAGCCAUAUAAAUGCCGAGACUGUGGCAAAGGCUUCAUCCGUGAGGCCGUGCUCACUAUACACCAGCGAACCCAUACUGGAGAGAGACCCUAUAAAUGCAGCGAAUGUGGUAAAGGCUUCAUCCAGAAGACGCACCUCACGCGACAUGAACAAUCUCAUGCUGGGCAGAAACCCUAUGUGUGCAGGAAAUGUGGGAAAGGCUUCGUGAGGAACAGCGUCCUGACCCUCCAUCAGCGCACGCACACGGGGCAGGAACCCUACAAAUGUGGCGUGUGUGGUAAGGGCUUCAUCCAUAAGACGCGGCUCACUGUCCACCAGCGAACUCACACAGGGGAGAAACCCUACGUGUGCAAUAAGUGUGGAAAGGGUUUCAGACAGAAGGGACACUUCCUUCUUCACAAGCGGAUUCACACUGGAGAAAAACCCUAUAAAUGUAGCGAAUGCGGUAAAGAUUUCAUCCAGAAGUCAAAACUCACUGUACACCAGCGGACUCAUACUGGAGAGAAACCCUACAUAUGCAUGGAAUGUGGGAAAGGCUUCAUCAGGAAGAAUGAGCUCACUCUGCAUCAGAGAACUCAUACAGGAGAGAAGCCCUAUAAAUGUGGUGAAUGUGGUAAAGGAUUCAUCCAGAAGGCAUCGCUUACCAUUCACCAGCGGACACAUACUGGGGAGAAGCCCCAUUUGUGCCCUGAGUGUGGGAAAGGCUUCAGUCAGAAGGGAUAUCUCAUCAUUCACAAGCGAACACAUACUGGAGAGAAGCCCUACUCGUGCGCAGAGUGUGGGAAAACUUUCAGUCAGAAGGUAAAUCUCACUGCUCAUCAGCGAACUCACACUGGAGAGAAACCCUACGUGUGUGGUCACUGUACCAAGGGCUUCAGCACCAAGGUGUAUCUCACGCUCCAUCAGCGAACUCACACCGGAGAGAAACCAUCUCUGGGCAGUGAAUUUGGUACCCAGUUCAAUCAGAAGUCGUUCCUCAUUCCACACAAGGUGCAGACAUCGCCCAGCGCGGACGUGCCGUGCUUCGCGUUUGUACUCCGUCGAGGACUUCGGAGCCUCACCGGCCACCGUACGCGCACGUCGAUGACGUAUAAGGAAGCGACGAUGAAAACCUGCCUGAGAUGUCAGCUUUCUCUUGAGUUUGGGUGA